UAUCCAUGGAUACCACCUCUACCCGUUCACUAGUACUCAUACAGAGUAACCAGGACUGAAUCAUCAUUGUCAAGAGAAACCCGAAAUAACAAAUGACAUGGGAUCUAGAGGCUGCCCGCAUCACGCGGUUACCGGGGGAUGAUGCAUUCUACAUUGCAGAGUUCAUCACCGAAGCUGAGGAGGAGAGGUUAUUGCAAAAGAUAUCCUCCGCCCCCCUCCCCAAAUGGACUCACCUUUCGCACCGCCGCCUCCAAACUUGGCCUUCCCCAUUAACAACCCACAACACCCUAAUUGCCUCCGCUCUCCCCGCGUGGCUCGUCUCCCCAAUUAUCAACCCGCACUUCCACGACCUGAAUAUCUUCGCCGAGGCCCCGCACGCCGCUCCGAACCAUGUCCUCGUGAAUGAGUAUCUGGCCGGACAGGGGAUCAUGCCGCAUGAGGAUGGCGCGGCUUAUUUCCCGCUUGUGGCGACGGUUAGUUUGGGGGCGCCGAUUGUGUUGGAUUUGUAUGAGAAGGUGCCUGGUGGUGACUCAAUGACAGAUGCAGGGCGAGGUGAACCAGCUUUCCGGAUCUUGCAGGAGAGACGCAGUUUGCUCGUGACUAGAGGCAGCAUUUACCGGGAUUUCCUGCACGGGAUUGCGGAGCGUGAGAGAGACCAAGGGCUGGAUGCGAAUUCUAUAUGUAACUGGGAUCUAUUGCGGGAGCCAGAGCGCUUCCAGUGUGGGUGGUAUGAACGGGAGACGAGAAUUAGUCUGACCUAUCGGGAUGUGCUGAGGGUUGCAAAAUUGGGGAAUACAAUGAGGUUUUUAAGAUGA